UUUCAAACCGUCUGCAAAGAGCGGCCGAGGAGGGGGAGUUGGAGAGCGACGGGCCGCCGCAGCGGACCGACCGCGCCCGUCCCGCGCCCCGCUCAGCCCGGCUCGCGCCGCCGCCCCCCGCCGCUCUCCGUUCGCGGCAGUUGUUGCCCCGCCAGGUGAGUGCGGAGCUCGCAGCCGCGCGGCGCCCUCCCGCGGGGUCCCCCCCCUCCGCCCCGCAGCCGGCAGCGCCGAGUCCCGGUCAGGGCGGCCAGCCGCCGCCGCCGCUCCCCCACCGGGGCGGACCGCGAGGAUGGCGGACAACGGGACGGGCGAGCCCCGGCAGCCCCGCUACCGGCGGGUGCGGCUGAUGUGCAUGCUGGCGCUCACCUUCCUCUUCUUCGUGGUGGAGGUGGUGGUGAGCCGGCUCACCGCCUCGCUGGCCAUGCUCUCGGACUCCUUCCACAUGCUGUCCGACGUCAUGGCCCUGGUGGUGGCCCUGGUGGCCGUGCGCUUCGCCCAGCGCACCCGCGCCACCCACAAGAACACCUUCGGCUGGGUGCGGGCCGAGGUGAUGGGCGCCUUGGUCAACGCCGUCUUCCUCACCGCCCUCUGCUUCACCAUCCUGCUGGAGGCCAUCGAGCGCUUCACCGAGCCCCACGAGAUCCAGCAGCCGCUCGUGGUGAUCGGCGUGGGAGCGGCGGGGCUCCUCGUCAACCUGCUGGGGCUCUGCCUCUUCCACCAGCACGGAGGCGGGGGGCACGGGCACUCCCACGGCGGCGGCGGCAGCCAGCACCACCGCCGCGGCAGCCGCCCCAAGCUGGAGCGCUCUUCGGGGGACGGUGAUGCUGGGCUGCGCAAGGAGGAGACCAACACGCUGGUGGAGAAUUGCGGCAGCACCAAUGGAGUCAACCAGGAGAAGCUAGGUGAUGGCAAGGCAGAACUACAAGCAAAUGGGAGCAUUGGUCCUAACUCUCUGGACGUUGAGGUUGAAGAAGACUCCAGUGGACAGCUUAACAUGCGUGGAGUUUUUCUGCAUGUGCUUGGAGAUGCCUUGGGUUCAGUGAUUGUGGUGGUGAAUGCCUCGGUCUUUUACUUUUAUUGGAAUCCAUGCCCCAAAGAUGGGCCCUGUUUUAAUCCAUGUGUCAAUAGUCAUUGCAUAGAAAAUGCUACUGUAGCCCCACCGCUUGACAAUGCUGAUCUACUCUCACAAGAGGGUAUUCAUGUAGCUGGUCCCUGCUGGGUGCUGUAUUUAGAUCCCUCUCUUUGUCUGAUAAUGGUUUGUAUACUCCUUUACACAACUUAUCCAUUACUUAAGGAAUCUGCCCUUAUCCUUUUGCAAACUGUUCCCAAACAAAUUGAUAUUUAUUCUUUGAACUUGAAACUACGUAAACUUGAAGGAGUUGAAGCAGUCCAUGAACUACAUGUUUGGCAGCUGGCAGGCAGCAGGAUCAUUGGUACUGCUCACAUAAAAUGUCAUGACCCUGCAUCAUACAUGAAAGUGGCAAAGCACAUUAAAGAGAUUUUUCAUGAUGAAGGGAUUCAUGCCACUACAAUUCAGCCUGAGUUUUCCAGUGUAGGCUCUGAAUCGGGUGUUGGCAAAUGUGAGUUUCCCUGCAGAACUCAGUGUGCUCUGAAGCAGUGUUGUGGGACAGCAGAAGGCAGUACUGAAAAGAAGACAAAGACCUCUUCAAUUGCUAUUUCAUGCUCAGAAAUAAUCAUUGACUCUCCGCACCACAAAACUAGGAGGACUAAAUCUGAAAAUAUACCUGCUGUUAGGCUAGAGGCAGACGAUGACCCAGACACGCAAUUUGAAUCAUCCUUGUAAUCCCCAGGGUUGUGCUGUUUGAGUUUUGAUGGCUUCAGCUACAGCUUUAUUGUGAGGAGAAGGGACUGAUAUUUGAGAUGCAAGUUUGUCAAGCAGUGUAAUUGCUGAAGUCCCUAUUCUUGUCACAUUGCUAAAUCUAGAAUGCUUGUUUUAAAGAACAUAAUAGCAUUGUCAUGAAACAAUGUGUUUGUGUUGACUUUGUAAUGAGUGGCACCAAAAGAGUGCCAAUGCUUGAGGAAAAAAUUUUUUUUUUUGAAAACUAGUUUCAACACUUCAACAGAGACUUUUGUUGUGCUUCAAAUUAAAAUAUUUUCUCCCCUGAAAAGCUACUUGAGGGAUAAGUAAAUUGGAACUCAGUUUGUGUUAGAUUUCUCAUUGGGGGCUACCCUUUCACUUUAAUAUUUGAUUUGUAGAUAUUUUAAUAUAUUGUUUGUAACUCGUAUGAAAACCAAAGUUCAUAGAAUGUUUUUACGGAUAUAACAACAUCAAACUAGAAACCACUUUGUCAGUUUCACACAUUUUCCAUAAACGUAUACAGUGAACUAUUGUGAGUGGUUUUUUGUUUUUUUUGUGGAUUUAUUGCAUAGCAUAAAUAGUAGCAUAUUUUAAAGGAAUCGUAUCACAUGAUUGAUAGAAAACUGUCCAAUUUUUUUCCCCAGUGGGGCUAUGGGGUAAUUAAAAUUGGCUGUAAAAAUAUCAGUUGUAAAAGUUUUAUGUUCUGUUAAAAUGUAAGUUUAACCUGCUGUAUACUCCUCUGGACAGACUGAGAGAUGAAGUGACUGAUAAAGUAACUAAUUGUUGGCUAAUUCAUAAAAUAUGCAUUCAGUGUUCUUCCUUCACAAGUUCAGUUGCACUCUUGAUUUCAUUAGAUCAUUGUAUAAAUGUAAGAAUUUGCCAGAAUCUUUAAGUUCCAGUGCUGUAAUAUUGGAGUUGGAACUUUUUAUUUAAAGGAGUUGGUAUUUAUCAUAGUAAUGCCAUCCAGCACUGUUAAAGUGGAGCGUCUGUCAACAUUGGCAUUAUAUUUCCUGGGUUUCAAGGGUUUAAAUGAUAACUGCAGUAAAAAUUCACUUGGAUGAAAUUUUGCUGAUAGUCUCAAUGCAGCAGUAAGUACUUUUUACGGUAGGUGAAAUCCUGGCCCCAUUGAAGACAGUUGAAGCUUUGCCAUUGACAUAAGGGGCCAGGAUUUCAUCCAAUAUAUUUUACCCUUUUUAAAGUAAUGUGUCAAAGAAUUUUACCUAUUGAAUUUGUAAAUAUUCAGUUUAAAAAUGUUUAACUCAACUAAAUAAUAGACUAGCUCUGAAGAAGCUGUUACAGUGUGCCAUCAACUCAGACUUUCUCAAGAAUUGGGUUAUUGAUUCUGAGUCAGUGGGGUAUUGGGGAGAACAGAAGGCAAUAUAAAAGGGGAAACUAAGGGACUUUGGUCCCAUGCUGAGUGUCUUGUUCCAGGCCAAAAUGUACUCUUCAAUCCACCUUUGGAGUUGCAUAUGUACAAUGAGAAACAAUGACUAGUAAUUAAGCACAGGACUGAGAGUUGGAAGGACUGAGUUCUUUUCCCAGCUCUGUCACUUACAUUGUGUGACCUUGGGCUAGUCAUUUAACCUCUCUCUGCCUCAUUUUACCUAUUUGUAAAAUGCAGAUCAUACCUACCUCAUGGGGUAUUGUGAGGCUUAAUACAUUAGUUCUAAAGACCUUUGAACUUAGAAGUGCAAAGUUGUUAUAUUGCUUGUUUUCCAACAGUGGCUCCUUUUACAUAUGUGCUGCAAUAGCCAGGCACAACAGGAUAAUUUAAGGACCGUUUUGGCCUUAUUUAUGGAUUUACUGCCUACUGUGUUUUUAAGGCCUUAAACAGUAUUUAAAUAUUUUAUAUUAAAAGUGUUUUGGUUAGUGAAGGAAAUGUAGGUUCUCUCUCUCCCACCCCUCCCGAAUAUAGAACUCCUCACUAAUUUGCACGUCUCUAAUGUUCCCUAUAAUACUCACUCAUAAGUGGUGCCCUUCCAGAGGGAGACUGGGCCUGUUUGUGACAGUGGGCUUACUCAGCUUCUCAGCAAGCAUUAUAAAGAGGUUUUUCAUUAAGAUUGUUUGUUUGCAAAAUAUACUACCAUAUAUUUACUAAUGUGCAAUGAAGCAUUGUCAAACUGAACCUCUGACAUGAACAAAGUGCACUUGAAAUACAUAUCCUUGUUUUUUUUACUGUAAGCUGUUUGAUUAGUAUGCCUAAUAGUUUGUAUUUGGUCUCCCAGUCGCUAGUGGGAAUUGGCAAGGUCCUGCUGUAUAACUACCACUAACAAAAUAUAAAACAGUUUAUUGCCAAAAAUAUAGUAGUAUUGAAAGUCAUGACUAUUUGUUUUCCUUUUGCUUUUAUAGAGAAGCUACUAGUCCUGACAUAGUUGUCCUCUUUAGGUAACAGUCACAGAUAAAUACAUUGAGUAGGUCUCGAAAUCUAGACACUAAUUCCAUUGCAAAUGCUUAAUCUGUUUAUGCCAGAAGUCAUAUUUUUGUAGUGCUGUGUCCAUUGCAGGCAAUGGCUAUCUUUAAAUUAAAAAGAAAAAACUCCCUCCCUCCUCCCUUCACUUGAGUACAGUGUAUAUUCCGUCUUUUGGUCCAAAGUGGGAGUUAUACAGCAAUUGGAGUAUGAUUUGUACGUUCAUGUUGCUGUAAUGAGCCCAGACUAUAUCCUGAUAACUUGCAAUACAUCUCUAUCUUUUAAUCUGGUUUAUGCAGAUGUGAUUUGAUUCUGAAGACCAUAAUUCUGGAAUACUGGUAGCUUUCUUGAAUUGCUGCAUAAAUCAUUUUUAAAGCAUGAAGUUAGUGACUAUCAUAUGAGUAAGCACUUUACCAGGUGGGACAGGAAAGCAGCUGAUUGUAUUGUGCAUUCCUGAUUUUAUAAAUAAAAACAUGGAACACUGAAUUUUAGGAAAAAGGAAACUGAUACUUCAAUGUCUGUUUUUGUUCAUGCUUCCCAUGAAAAUUUUCAGAAAUAUAUCCAAUGUUACUUGGUAGAGUAUCUUACACCUGGUGGUAAGUUUCAUUCAUAAAUAUACUUAUUUUAGAGUCAACUUCUUAGAGGUGUAUAGUAAACAAGUAGAAGUAGAUCAAAAUUGAGGCAGCUUGAGGAAAACUAUGUAAGGGCUUGAUACUGCAAACAUUUGUAUUCAUGGGUAGUCCUGUUGCACUCGGAGGAAAUACUUGGGUGAGUAUUGAAAUACUCAAUAGGGGCUAUGGCUUUUCAAAAGAAGCCUCAAAAGUUAGGUGCUGAUUUUUAGUGAUUAUUUUAAAAUCAAUAUAAAAUGGGUAGUACUAUAGGGUUUUUCCCAUCAAAAUUAUGUUACAUAAGUAGUACUGGCUUUUAAUUAACUUUUUAACUCUGUGUGUCUGACUUUUUUUGCAAAGGCAUUGAGCACCAAUGCUCUUAUUGACUUCAGUUGGAACUGGUAUUGCUUAGCACCUCUGAAAAGCAGGAAAUCAAGUAACUCAGUGGGUAGUUAAGAGGGGGAAACACAAUUUAUUUCUAGAAUGCACCUUUCCCUAUAGCAGAAUAGGUUAGACUGUUUUUCUGAAUUUUUAUAUCUAGACAUUCUGGUAUUUUUGUGUGAUGGGAGUGAGAAAUGCUCUAUUUAAGGGCGUUUAAAACAGCAUAUUAAAACAUACUGGAUUUAUUUCAUAACACAGCAUCAGUUCUUAGCCACCUUAGAAUUCUGAUUUUUAUGUUGCUUACUCAGUUCUGUGAUGUUUGAUUUGGCCUUGUACUUGAACCUUUUAUUUCUCUCAUGGAUGGAAAGGAGGGGAUUCUUCAUGUGCCUGAAUUGAGACAGUCCUGAAAGCUUUCCAAGCCUGAUGCCGCCUUACUGAUAACAGGAGGUCUGAUUCUUCCUUAUGACCUUUAGUUUGUGAAAUUAAUUGCUUAUAUGGGAUACUUUUUGAUACUGUAUAAAUGUGAGCCUGAUAUCUUUUUCCAUUCGUAUAUCUGAGUAUAUGUUUAAAAAAAAUGCAAUACAUCACCUUUAGGCUAUAUUUCCCAAAGCAUGUGGGUUUAGUUAGGAUUCAUUUCUCACACCAUGAGUUCAAUUUUGUAACCACUGUUGAGGAGACCUAGUUGACAUGUUUGAUGAAAUCUAGACAAUAGGUACAAUGAAAACUUGGGCUUGGCUUCUAUUAAGUCAACGUUCAAAGAAACAACAUAUUGUAAAAUAGUAAAGUCUUGUGAUAAAAUGUAUCUAAUGAGAAGCACUUAAAUAAUCUUGCUGUUCUGCUUACAAGUUCAGCUGCUUGACCAAUAGCAGUAUACUUUUACUUGCAUUCAGUCUUUUUAAAAAUAGGAACAUUGUAAGUAGAAACAAAGUUGGGAAGUGAGUUGUAAAACCAAAUUAUCUUACCUCUUGUCAUGGUUUCUGGUGCAAAUAUAUGAAUACUUACUGAGUUUGUGUCAUCACAAUAAAGAAACUUUCAGCAUUUUUUAAGAAGAGGUAGUCAGUGUUUGAAUAAAUCUUUUAAUAUCAAAAUCUCCCCACGUCGCUGCAUACCAGUAGUUAAACUUUUAACAUGUAGGUCUCUGUCAAAUUUAAGGUAGGUUUGCUAAAUCUAUGACAUAUACACUUUUCACUUUGCUUUCAGAGUUUGUAGACUUUAGCUACUUUAGCACAUAAAACACUGUUCUAUAGUUUAAAUUUUCAAUCCAAAAACAUUGCAGUCCUAAGGAGUUGUUGCAAGAAAAGGGACUGCAGCAAACUGUAUGUAGGUUUCAUUAAUAAGUCAUAGGACAAGAAUGCUCUUAAGUUCUAUCUUGAACAGCACACUGACAUGCAUCAGUGUGUUCUUCAUGAAGCCCUUAUUUUAUGUAACUUUAGUGUUUGCCUGGGGAAAAAGUGAUGCAGUUUUAUGUGGUUGUCACCUCCCUAACUGCAGAUCUGUAUGUUUGGGUUCUUUUACUUUAAAACAUUGUAAUGUCUAUGAAUAUAUGUAAUAAUGUACAUCAUUUUUACAAAGCUGUUUCUACCUCAGUAUGAGGCUUUGUGAACUGUUCAUGUAUUAUAAAUGUUCUAUGAGACAUGC